AAGGCGAGAACCGCGUGGCUCGUUCAGGGAGGGAAGGAGGGAGAGGGGCAGACAGGAGGCGAGGAGAGAGGGUUAGGGGUAGUGACGCAGAGAGCUUUCUGCCUCCACUGGGUCCUCCCCCGACUUGGUAGAAGCCACACUGAGCGCAAAGAUGUCUUCAGAGAAAUCAGGUCUCCCUGAUUCUGUUCCGCAUACUUCUCCUCCACCCUAUAAUGCCCCUUUGCAGCCGCCGCCGCCACCACCACAGGAUGCCCCAAUCCCCGGAUACAGUGACCCCCCUACCACAACCGUGCACUCAGGCACCGCUACAUUGCCCCGACUCGGCGGAGGGGCUGCCACCCUUCCUCGCCCUCCCCCUACCUCGGCCACUCUUCCACGCCCACCCCGCCACCAUUCCGCAACACUACCCCGCCUUCCCCCUGACCCCUACAUGCAGGAGACUCAGUUCAAUGGGGCUCCUCAGGGCUACGUCGUGCAGACUCAUCCGCCUGUUGGGACCCUGCCUAUUGGAGGGUACAUGCAUCCGGGAUACCCUGUCCAGCUGCAGCCUUGCACAGCAUAUGUACCCGUCUACCCCGUAGGGGCGCCAUACCCUCAGGGCAACCCUCCUCCUCCACCAGGUCUCUCCCCAACACAGGUAACCCCUGGCAUUGCCAUCCUGGAACCACGGCGCCCACCACAUGAUUACCUUCCCAUCGCUGUCCUCACCACCAUCUGCUGCUUCUGGCCCACAGGCAUCUUUGCUAUCUUCAAGGCUGUGCAGGUCCGGACUGCAGUCGCCCGCGGUGACAUUGUGACAGCAGAAAUCGCCUCGCGGGAGGCCCGCAACUUUUCCUUCAUCAGCCUGGCUGUGGGCAUUGCUGCCAUGGUUUUGUGCACCAUUCUCACUGUGGUGAUCAUCAUUGCCGCCCAGCAUCAUGACAAUGACUGGGACCCCUAGCACUCAACACCUGCCUUUGGCCUACUCCUGUAUCCUGGCAACUGGUGACAGAAGCCCUGAAAACCCUGGCAACCAUCGCUCCCAAGGAUGGUCCUUGACAACCAUCUCCCCUGCAGUCCUUAGCAACGGUCUUCUCCCCUGCCAACGAUACUCGGAAUGCUUGGCAAUGGUCUCCCUCAUAGUCCUUAGCUACCGUUGGGCUUGUUUAACGGUACAUACUCAGCAGAUGACUUCCAGACAACAAUAUUCAGACUGAUUCCUAACACACACCCUUGAGUCCACAAGUGUUGUUCUCCAGGGCUCCUAGCAACCUAUUUCCCCUCCUGCCAGUUCUUUACCAGAAUACUUUGCUUGCUUCCUUCCUUCCCAAGGAGUAGGCUUCACCUUCUGUGGUCAUGGCAACAACCAUCUUCCUCCUACUGAAUUUGCAUGUAUAGUACCAACCAUUAACAGAUCAAAGCACCACCCAUGUCUUGGUUCAUCCCUACCCCUCUAUGUCCACAAUGGCUUUCCUGCAGUUCUGCAAGUAGAAGGCCUGCGUCUCGCAGGCUCAAACUUCGCUAUUGUGGUCAACGAGCUGCAACCCUCAUAAGUGGGAAUCUGCAAUGUGCUCUGAAUUGUUGCUGCUGUUCUUCAGUUGCUUUUCUCCUCCUGUCUCACAGCUCUCCCUCUACAGUGAGUAGGUGGAGCCUACUUGGAGGUUUUGAAUCUCCAGGUCUCUGUUUUGUUCUUCACCAGGGCCAGCUUCAUGGGUCAGCAUUGUUGGGCAGCUGCCAAAGGCACCCAGCCCCCCCAAAGGACCCCUGUUGAUCCUUGAGACCACAUCUGUGCCCAUAGCCUUUAUGUGGGGUGGUUGAGUGACUCAGGGCCCACCCAGGUGAGAGGCCACCCACGGAUAACGGUUUGCCAAAAACCCCUGAGACCUGGAGUAGCCCUGUUUCCCACACACACUGCUUCUCAUUCUCCCUACUUUCUCUGUCUUAUAUGUUAGGCCUGUUCUCACCAUUCUAAUUGGGGUAGGAGGCAGUGUUCUAAUUUUUCUCAUAUGUGAGGAAUGAGUUUUGUUCUGGGUGGUAGCAUCAAGUGCUCAUGUGCAUUCAGAGUUGGACCUUCCUUAUUCAACCUGAAAGUGAUCUAAAAUUAACUGGGCAGACAUCCAAAAAUUUGUGAAUGCACACAUGUGUGCACACCUUAAAGGGAACAGUGGUAGAAGGUGCAUUCUACCCAGCCACCAGCACUACCACCAAGUUCGGGAGCUGUGCAAGCUCCUAUUUUCUGAUAAUCUGAGAGUCAAAAGCAAGGUAGGAGGGGGAGGAAGUGAACAUCUGUCAAGUAGCAGCUGGGUUGGAGGGCUUUUCAGCCUACUUUGUUGAAGUGCCGAGUGCAGCUUCUGGGUAGGAUGGUCACGGAGGCCUCCAACCAGGGGCGUAGCUAGGGGAGAGAGGGCCCGUGUUCAUCCCUCUCUCUGGCGGCCCCAGAGUGAGAGAGAAAAUGAAGAAAAUAGGGAGGGCUGGAUCUGGAGGGCCCUCAAGAGCUGGGGGCCCGUGUUCUUUGAACCCUUUUACUCAAUUAUAGCUAUGCCCCUGCCUCCAACCUAGCUUAUGCUUAGCAGACAAUCACUUCCUCUCCCGCCCCCCGCCUGCUUACCUUGCUUUUUACUCACAGAUGAUCAGAAAACAAGAGCACACACAGCUCUUGAACUUUGGUGGGAUGUGUCUCCCACCCUAAUCCCAAUUAGAAUCAUGUGAACCAGCCUAAUAUGUGUUCUUGCUUUUAAAAAAAAUGUGUGUGUUUUCCUAAUGUGUUUUUGCUUUUUUGUAGAGCUAUGUUUAAAGGCACACAUUAUUACAAAAAUAUCCUGAUACUGAACUCAGUAUACUUCUCCACUCCAUCUGAGAUAAAUAUUCAAAAGGCACCAUCUGGUAAUACAUGUAUUAGGACCAACCCAAAUGAUGUACACAGUUGUCAGAAGCAAGAUUGCUGCUGUCAACUGUGUGUAAUUUGAUACUAAUAAAAGUAUUACCAGACUGUGACUUUUUAAAUUUUCCUAUUGACCAACAGCCGCCACCUGAUUUUCGUGAGUUUCAUAUUAGUUCCUAUCUGCUUAACACAAUUCCUUUAAUUCCACUCUGUUUUGCUUCAAGUUAUCCAAUUCUUCUCUGUUUUGUUUCACGUUAUCUCCCUUUAUAUACCCUCCAUUUCACACUGUUCCUCAUUUUAACAUUAUCCCUGUCAUCUUCCUUGGAGAGAGGAAAAACACCUCAGCAGUAAUAAAAACUAUUGAAGGCCUUGCAGUCAUACAUGGCAUUAAUUUAGAUUCCUUCCCAUCCUAUUCUAAAUGCUUGGAAUAGAUUUAACUUUAGUUCAUCCUCACAGCAAUCCUAGGAGCUAGUUUUAGAGAAAUUAUAAUUAUGAUCGUUCUUAUUUAUUUAUAUAGAUAGCAACCCUUCCUCACUGCAAAUGGUGCUCAGGUUGCUUUAUAUAAAGCCACAUUAGGAACAUAGGAAACUGCCAUAUACUGAGUCAGACCAUUGGUCUAUCUAGCUCAGUAUUGUCUUCACAGACUGGCAGCGGCUUCUCCAAGGUUGCAGGCAGGAAUCUUGGAUAGGGCUGAGGAAUCUUGGAUAGGGCUGGCAGGAAUCUUGGAUAGGGCUGAGAGAAUCUUGGAGAUGCUGCCAGGGAGGGAACUUGGAACCUUCUGCUCUUCCCAGAGCGGCUCCAUCCCCUGAGGGGAGAAUAUCUUGCAGUGCUCACACAUCAAGUCUCCCAUUCAUCUGCAACCAAGGCAGACCCUGCUUAGCUAUGGGGACAAGUCAUGCUUGCUACCACAAGACUAGCUCUCCUCUCCACAUUAAAACUACCUUAAAAACAAAGUUUUAAAAGGAGAGAAAUGGCUGGUGAAGGGGAAAGAAGGUAUUAGCAAAAAGUCAUCAGGCACUUUUUAAAGAGGUACAAGGGGGAGCAAUACUAAAUAUGUGGAAGAAUGAAGUGGCAUUCUGGGGGGGGGGGGAGACCUGAGCAAAAGGUCUGAUUGCUCACUGACUGAGGGUAUGAUGGUGGUGUUUCCCAUCACUAGGGGGAUGUCUGACCAAAGGCAGCCUCUAAAGCAAGAUUCUGGGGAAGAGGUUUUGCUAGUGAUAUUGUGCUAUGUACAUAAUGCAUAUUUGUAACAUACACAUAAUGCAGAAUGAGGUGGUAGAAUGGUCUUCAUCACUUCAGACAACGGAUGUGAGAAUUGCCAUUUUAUUGCUCCCUUAUUAUACCCGCCCCCCUGCCAAUGUAGUAGCCAGUGUGGUGUAGUGAUUAGAGUGGCUAAGACUGACACUCUAGUCUUAGGGGGAACCAGGCUCAAAUCCCCACUUGGCCGCAAAGCUGACUCCAUGACCAUCUUGCUGCCUGACCUACCUCACAGUGUUGCUGAGGCUAAAGGGGAGGGAAGAUCAUGUGUACUGGCUGCUCUGAGCUCUCUGGAGGAAGGCUGGGAUACAAAUGUAACCAACAAAUAGAAAACCAGCACACAAGCAAAGAGAUGGGCUAGAAGCAUUAUGCUUGAUAGCGGAUGUAGCAUAACAUAGGAAGCUGUCUUAUGCUGAGUCAAACCAUGGGCCCAUCUAGCUCAGUUCUGUCUACAUUGAUUGGCAGCAGCCCCAAAGGUUUCAGGCUCAGGGGUCUUUCCCAGCCCUACCUGGAGAUGUCAGGGAUUGAACCUGGAAUCUUCUGCAUGCACACAAGAUGCUCUACCAUGGAUUUACAGCCACAUCUCCACAAAGACCAAGUUACGAAUCUGGUUUGAAACUCACUUCUGCGGCCAUUAAUUACUGAGCUACUCCCUCUCUGUCCCCCUCCCCCACUGUACAAUACAGGGAAAUUGUUGCUUAGGUUACUGGAUUGUUAUAAAGAUAAUACAUAUGAAGUGAUACAAAUGCUAUAUAAUUAAAGAGGUAUUAUGUAGGGUUGGAGUUCCUCACUGGUCAACAUCAGGCGCUUCACCUGAUGUCAGAACUGGCAUCAACAUUUUUUUAAAAGUGAAAUUUGAAGAAAAUUUCAAGGUUUCUCCCUAGGAUAAACAUUUAAGAAUUUUUAGUGGAAGCUAAACAUGUUUCUGUAUGACAAAUGAAAUUUCUCAGGGGCUUUCUGCGGACCCCUUAUCUGAAGUAGUCCAUUCUUCCAUUUCUUUCAGCUGUAACUGCAGAUGCAGAGAGAUCUUCUAUACAUUCCAGUGGAGGCAACAGAAUUCUAAAAUGUACUACUUCUGAUGUGGGGUAUUUUUGAAUCCUCUCCCUCAUAAAAAGCUCUUUGUAGACUAUCACAGCAUAGAACAGCUCUGAAAGGUAUUGACAAGUAGAGAUGGGUGAGAAGUGGGUGUGUGGUGGGGGCAUCUGUAAAUCUGGGUUAACAUAGAAAGAUUUCUGGCUGUUUUAUUUCCAGUGCCUCCAUCCCAAACUGUGCCAAACCCCAUAUUCUCUUCCAUGAAUCCCCAGUUCCUUCCCAUCACUUUUUCUUGGAUGUUGGACUCUGUGAUAUUAUUUAUCUCUGUUUGCAAAUGACAUGGUUACAGAAUCUCUCCCUCUAUACAUUACUUAAUAAAGAUGAUUGAUUGAUUAA